UCGGAUCCUGCAGCCUGGUUGGCAGAACUCCGCUUUGUCUCCGCGGAAAAAAAGUGGUAAGACUUUUCAUACGAACGCGGCGGACGCUCCUUCGAGAUGAACCCCGUGCCUCGCAAGCUUCUCCUCAAACGCCUCAUCCGGAGCGAUGGCCAAUCCGACAACGACUGAGACUCUCCGACCGUCUCGCUCGAGACGUCGCCGCUCCUUCGGCUUGCGGCGUCUAUAGUUUUGCCGAAAGCUGGGAGCGUUGGGGGGACCCGUGGGAAGCGUGUUCUGGAAGACGUCGGGAGUGUCAUGACCGGGAAGGACUCCGUCGACCGGAAGCUCGUCGUGGUCGGCGACGGCAACUGUGGCAAGACCUGCCUUCUCGUCACUUACUGCAGCGACAGCUUCCCGGACGUCUACGUGCCGACCGUGUUCGAGACGUACAGCACCUUCGUCGAGUGCAACCAGCAGAGGGUUCGACUGUCGCUUUGGGACACGGCCGGCGAAGAGGAUUACGACAGACUCCGGCCCCUUUCCUACGGGCAGGCCAACGUGGUGCUCAUGUGCUUCACGCUCGACAACCCCGACAGCCUGAGCAACGUUGAGUACAAGUGGGAGCCCGAGAUACGCCACUACCUUCCCAAGGUUCCGAUCGUGCUUGUCGGAAACAAAAGGGACGUCCGUGACGACUACCGGCCACCGCUGGUGCUGCCGCGCAACUACAAGCCGCCCGUGACGGCUGCCGAAGGACGAGCAGUGGCUAGCCGCAUCAGGGCAGCGGCCUACGUCGAGUGCUCGGCCCUGAAGAGGAUCGGCGUCAAGGAGGUCUUCGACGCGGCCAUCAAGGCGUCCCUUCAGCAGCAGACUGGACGAAAGAAGCAGCGUCGGUGUAGCAUGCUGUAGCUGUACCCAAGAGGCAAGUCAUCGUCACCCAUGAAACGCUUCUGUUCGUGAUCGUCCCUGUCGAGGCAGCAGCGCCGCGUUUUCAAGUCAUUCAAGCUGCAGAGUCAAUCAAAAUCAUGCAAUAAAGAAAUAUUCCUGUCACGUCAGGAAAA